GCAGAGGCUUUUAGAGAACAACGAAUGGGGCAAAGCUACAACUAAGUACCUAGUUUCUCAAGAUUUGUGGUGAAGGAACAAAACAAUGGCUACUAAACCUGGCAUUCUCACAGAGUGGCCAUGGGCACGCCUUGGGAACUUCAAGUACUUGCUUUUGGCACCAUUUGUGGGUCAUAGCAUAUACUCUUUCAUCAUGAGCAAAGAUGAAAGCCAAAGGGACAUCUCAUACAUAUUCAUACUUCCAUAUCUACUCUCGAGAAUGAUUCACAAUCAGAUAUGGACAUCUCUAUCUCGCUACAGGACUGCUAAGGGUAAUAAUCGAAUUCUAGACAAGAGCAUUGAAUUUGAUCAAGUUGAUCGAGAAACCAACUGGGAUGAUCAGAUCAUACUUAAUGGGGUGGUAUUCUACAUUGCGUACCUGAAGUUCCAACAGACACAUCACUUGCCUUUGUGGAGAACUGAUGGGAUCAUAAUAACUGCCUUGAUGCAUAUCGGUCCAGUGGAGUUUCUCUAUUACUGGCUUCACAGAGCUUUUCACCACCAUUUUCUCUACUCUCGUUAUCAUUCCCAUCAUCACUCCUCCAUUGUUACUGAGCCCAUCACCUCUGUCAUUCAUCCGUUUGCUGAGAUCGUAGCAUAUUUGACGCUCUUUCUUAUACCAAUGACCACAACACUUUUCACUGGAACUGCUUCUAUAGCUUCACUUGGUGCUUACACCACCUAUAUUGAUUUCAUGAACUACAUGGGGCAUUGCAACUUUGAGCUCAUUCCUAAGUGGAUGUUCUCUAUGUUUCCCCCUCUCAAGUACUUGAUGUAUACGCCCACGUUCCACUCACUACAUCACACUCAAUUUAGAACAAAUUAUUCGCUUUUCGUGCCAAUGUAUGACCAUCUGUAUGGUACAGUGGACAAGUCGUUAGAUACAUUGUAUGAAAAGUCACUUGAGAGGAAAGCUGAAUUACCUGACGUUGUGCACCUAACACAUCUAACAACCCCAGAAUCUAUCUACCAUCUCAGACUAGGGUUUGCAUCCUUGGCCUCGAGGCCUCACGCUUCCAAGUGGUAUAUCUUGUUAAUGUGGCCUGUUACGCUAUGGUCAUUUUUUAUUACUUGGAUUUAUGGUCAAACAUUUGUUGUCGAGAGAAAUUUAUUCAGGAAUAUUAAACUACAAACUUGGGCUAUCCUAAAGUACAGGAAACAAUACUUUAUGCAAGGGCAAAGAGAUACUAUUAACAAUUUGAUUGAGGAAGCCAUCAUGGAAGCUGAUCAGAAAGGCAUAAAAGUUUUGAGCCUUGGACUCCUAAAUCAGCAGGAAGAGCAGCUGAACAAUAAUGGUGAACUUUACAUAAGGAAAAAUCCUCAGUUGAAAGUGAAGGUGGUUGAUGGAAGUAGUCUAGUUGUUGCUGUGGUCCUAAACUCCAUUCCUAAAGGAACUUCCCAAGUGGUCCUUAGAGGUCGUUUGUCCAAAGUUUCUUGCUCCAUCGCCCUUGUAUUGUGCCAAAGAGGAAUUCAGGUUAUCAUGUUAGAUGAAGAAGAGUACAAGAGACUUAAAGCAAGGCUUACCCCUGAGGCUGCAACUAAUUUGGUCCAGUCAAAGACCUAUUUACCAAAGAUAUGGCUAGUAGAUGAUGGAUUGAGCGAAGACGAACAACUGAAAGCGCCAAAAGGAACAUUAUAUAUUCCUUUUUCACAAUUUCCACCAAGAAAAGUUCGCAAGAAUUGCUUCUACUUCAACACACCAGCCAUGCUUACUCCAAAACAUCUUGAAAAUGUAGACUCUUGUGAGAAUUGGCUGCCAAGAAGAGUGAUGAGUGCCUGGAGAAUAGCUGGAAUUUUGCAUGCAUUGGAAGGUUGGAAUGAGCAUGAAUGUGGUGACAUGAUGCUUGAUAUUGAGAAAGCGUGGAAAGCUAGUCUUGAUCAUGGUUUUCGCCCAUUAAAAAUGACUUCUGCUGCUUAAUCAAAGGGUUAAAAUUAUAUUUAGACUGCUCCUAUUGUUAUUGUAAACCUUGUAAAAUAUUUCCUCCAACACUUUUGCAACAGAACUAGUUUGUUGCUCAUGGUGUUGCCUUCUAGAAGUUCUUCCAAGAAAAUUUACACUUUCGUUGGAUAAAUAAAAAGCAAGUACAAUGCUAAUCUACUAGAGCCAUGUAGUAGGUUAGCAAACCCCAUAUAUAUAAAUAUAUAAAAGUUUAAGGCAUGUUAUUCA